UCAGCUGAAUCGAUACAGAGCAGGCAUAUGAACGCGGACCGGGGAGGCGAGCAGAGAUGGGAAGGGAUGAGGUGGAAGAACAAUGAGAUUUACACUUUCUUCGGACAUUUUUAUGUACUUUAAGGUCAAAUUCCGACUAUUGCGUCAUUUAUAAUGGAAACUGGAAACUACGUGGCUAAACUAAACGAGUUUUCACAGAAAACACGCUCGACGCUGGACUAUGAAGAGCUUGGCUCUGCCGGACCUGAUCACAUUAAAACAUUCAGGCAGAGGGUAGUCUUUAAUGGCAAAGGCUACCCUCCUGGUGAGGGGAAGAACAAGAAGGAAGCCAAGCAAAAUGCUGCUAAAAAUGCACUGACAAGCUUGUUGGGCAGCGACCAGGAGUCAGUUGACUCGACAAGUGCAGCAGAAACUUCCACUGCACCAGAUUAUCAGACGACAGGUACCAGUCACGUCAACUACAUCUGUUGGCUGAAUGAAUAUGGUCAGAAGAACAGGCUGAGUAUAAGGGCUGUGGAGUCAACCAAACCAGGGUUAAAUAAUGCUGUUCAAUGCUGUAGCUUUGUGGUUGGUGAUAAGGAGUACCCAGCUGUCUCUGGAAAAACAAGGCGAGAAGCCAAGGAGGAAGCAGCCAAGCUUGUAUAUGAUGUGAUAUGUGGCAGUAAAACCACAGAGACUGCAGAUCUGCAAGAUGAGGAAUUAAAUCAAAGCAUUUCUGAUAUCUGCAACAAAACAGGGGGCCUGAGUUUGAACAACAGCUUUACAGAGACAAAUUACAUCGGAAUCGUCAACCACUACUGUCAGAAAAAAAGGCUCUCCCAUACAUUUAUUGAAGUGAGGAGCUGUGGCCCACCUCACAACCGUCAAUUCUUCUACAAAUUAGUGAUUGACAACAAGGAAUACCCUGAGGGUGAGGGUAAGACUGUCAAGGAAGCCAAACAAAGUGCAGCUCAGCUGGCCUGGUCUGCUCUUCAAGAACAGUCUGACUGGGACAGUAAGGUGUCAUUCAGGUCAACAGCGUCCGAAGAUGGUGCACCACAUAUCUCAGCGCCAUCAGCUACAAUGGAUUCCAGUGAAUCAUCAUCGCAAAGCGUGCCAAUGAGUACAAGUGACUCGAUAAUGUUCAUAGAUUCAUCAAACCCUUCCCAGGCUCAGGUGUCCUUCAGGUCAACCAUGUCUGAAAAUGAUACAACAUCCAGUUUGUCUGACCCAUCGUCACAAAGCAUGCCAAUGGGUGCAAGUGAUCAGGCUGCUGUCAAAACCAAGAGUAUGGGGAACGGCGUGACAACAACCCAGUCAAGAUUUAUAUCAGACUUUGAUUGCAUAGAGCGUCUUGGCAAAGGAGGCUUUGGUCAUGUUUACAAAGCAAGAGAAAUACUGGUCGACAAGUAUUACGCCAUCAAAGUUGUCCGUGGUAAAAAAAAAGCUCUGCGAGAGGUGACAGCACUAUCAGACCUUCAACAUGAGAACAUUGUUCGAUACUACAACUGUUGGAUGGAAGAUUCAGAAUACAAACAGGACUGUUCAGAAGACAGUUCCAGCUCUUCUCAGUCGAUCAGUAAUUCAUCACCACAGUACCUCUACAUUAAGAUGGAAUUAUGUGACACCAAAACACUCAAAGACUGGAUAACUGAGAUGAACAAGAUAACUCUGCAACACUCCAAGAGAAGAGAACAAAGUCUAAACAUUGCUCAACAAAUAGUCAGUGGAGUCGAGUACAUUCACUCCAAAAAAUUAAUCCACAGAGACCUUAAGCCUGCCAACAUCAUGUUUGGACGGGAGAGAGAAGUGAAGAUUGGGGACUUUGGUCUGGUCACUGCUCAGGUUGAUGACGAUGAUGAUGAAAACCUGAUGGAAAGAACAAACAAAACAGGAACCCCAUCUUACAUGGCUCCUGAGCAGAAGAGUGAGAGGAACUAUGACGAAAAAGUGGACAUAUUUGCAUUGGGGCUGAUAUACUUUGAACUCCUUUGGAAACUCUCCACUGGCCAUGAAAGAGUAGUGAUUUGGAAGGAUGCCAGAAGUCAGAAGUUGCCUGAAAAGUUUUCAUUGACCUUUUCCCAUGAGAAUCGUAUCAUUAAGUCAUUGCUGUGUGUGAAGCCAGAGGACCGACCCAAAGCACGUAAACUGAAGACAGAGCUAGAAAAGUGGGCUCAGACACUCAAUGCACAAAAAAAUAUGCAGCAGCAAAAUGUAACUGUCUGAUACUGCCACAAAAUCUGUCUCUUCUGAUGUCUGUGAAUUAAAGAAAUGAUUUGAUAUACUAUUAUGAAAUAUGAUUUUGUGGGGAAAUGGUUAAUUACUGCACUUAUAUAGCACUUUAACCUGAGAUCCACUCAUACACACACAACACACUCACUUGUCUGUGGCAAUGGACACUUCAGACAGAAUAAAAUCAACUGUAUUAUGAAUUUAAACAGUAACUGUUACAUUAAUUCACAUCUUUUCAAAAUAAUCAUGUGCCUGAUCUCUGUGUCAACAGCUGACAUUUUAUUCAGUGUUGUGAAAUGUAUUUUUAAGUGAUGUCACAUAUCUGCCUUUGCUUUGUACUGAAUGUGUUAAGUUUGGAAAUAAAAUAAUGGUUAUCUGGG